CUUCUGUCUGUUUCCCGGAUAAGAAAAGAAAAGAACGUAGAACGUCUGAGAAGUGAAGUGAGUAAUAAAUUACUCGCGGAAAGUCUGGUGUCCGUUUCUUUGCCGGUAUUUUUCGCAGAAUAAUUACUUCGGUGUAGCAUUUUCCCUAAUUCUAAUUACAUUACACGAACAUUAGUUGAGCAUCAUGUCAUCUGACCAAGAAAACCCUUCGGGUAACGAAGAAUCCGAAACCAUAGAAGUUGAUGGAAGUAGUAUAAGCGACUUUCUUAAAAAAUCGGAUAUUUUGGCUGCAUUACAACAAGAAACAUUGGCUAACUUACCAGCUCCCGUUAAAAAACGUAUCAACGCCUUGAAAAAUUUGCAACUCGAAGUUACGAAUCUAGAAGCUAAAUUUUACGAAGAAGUACAUUUAUUGGAAUGCAAAUACCAUAAGUUAUAUCAACCAAUUCAUGAAAAACGCUAUAAAAUUGUAACCGGGAACUACGAACCUACUGAAGAAGAAGGUGAAUGGAAAUUAGAAAACGAAUUGGCAGAUGAAUUAUCAAAGGAACUGAAAGAUAAAGCUAAUGUAGAAGAUGAAUCUGAAAAGAAAAAUGAAAAAGAUGCAUCCAAUCCUGAUUCGACGACCGUCGUCGGCAUUCCUGCUUUUUGGUUAACAGCUUUUAAAAAUGUACAGAUGAUUAGUGAAAUGAUACAACCAUGUGAUGAACCAAUUUUACAGCAUUUAAUCGACGUACGAACUGUAUUAUUGGAGAAGGAACCUAUGGGUUUUGUGCUAGAAUUUCAUUUUUCUCCAAAUGAACAUUUUACGAAUUCUGUAUUGACAAAGGAAUACGAAAUGAAGUGUUGUCCUGAUCCUUGUGAUCCAUUCUGUUUUGAAGGCCCCGAAAUUGUCAAAUGCAAGGGCUGUAAAAUAGAAUGGAAGAAAGGCAAAAAUGUAACUGUCAAGCAAGUGAAGAAAAAGCAAAAGCAUAAGAACCGUUCUUCCGUUACAAGAACCGUUACGAAACAAGUUCCAAACGAAUCAUUCUUCAACUUUUUCAAUCCUCCAGAAGUACCUGAAGAUUCUGAAUCUGAAAGCUACGAUGAAACUCAAGCGUUGCUUACGAGUGAUUUUGAAAUCGGCCAUUAUAUCAGAGAAAGAGUAGUCCCAAAUGCGGUGCUUUAUUUCACUGGUGAAGCCAUGGAAGACUACGAUGAUGAUGAAGAAGAAGAGGAAGAAGAAGAAGAAGACGAGAGCGAAGAAGAGGAUAGUGAAGAAGAAACUGCAGAUCGAAGUGCCACUGAAAAUAUCAAAAAGAAAGGCGGUCGCCAUUCUACUCGGAACACUGGUCGUGGCGGUGGCGGUGAAAACAUUCUCGCGAAAAGCGGAGCAGAUCCAGCAGAAUGCAAACAACAAUAAACAAUUCAUUUUAUCUUCGUUUAUUUUUUUUAAAUCGGCAGUUAUUAAAUUAUAAUGAUGUUAAUGAUUGCAAGACCGAACAUUUUUAUCGUAUUUAUUGAUUUAUACUAGUUACUCCGUAUUUGUUAGAGCUAAUAAAUAUUUUAUAUGUAA